AUGAGCUCAGGCUCCCCCUCUGGCAGUGGCCGUGCCACACCCUCGAAUAGCUCUUCCUCGCCCAUGCGCCGCCACCCAGGUCGUCCUCAGUACAUGACUGUCGGAAAUGGCUCGACUUCUGAACAUGCCGCUCGCCUUGCCGCCAUGCUGGACAAUGACUCUGGCUAUGGAGGAAGCAUCGCUGACGGCGCCACCUUUGAUCCCACUUUCGACCAAGAUCCUAUGACCCAAUUGGCCACAGCCCAAGGCGCUACAUAUCCCCGACCUGGUCUCGUUCAUACUCAAUCCGGUUUUGACAACCACCAUGCUCCUGAGCCGUUGAAACGCCCGGCUCCUCGUCGUGCUGGUACUACCAUAGGCGAAGACAUGAUGGAGCCCGAAUCUAGCGGAGCGGCUGCUCGUGCUCCGGCUGCAGAACCUAGAUUGGUGACCCCACAACUAUCCCAGCAGUUUUCGGUGCUCAAGAUUGAGUUGAAAAUGGAGGGCGUACAUCAGACUGAGCUGGUUCACUCUCUGGAAAAGCAAUCAAUAGCAUCCCUUCUUGACGGUCAGAUCAACAACAGUGUUCGACACUUGUUCUCGCUAAGGGAUCGUAUCGAGGACACUUCCAGCAAAGUCCUGAUCACCGGUGAUCUCAAUGCUGGAAAGUCUACCUUUNGUAAUGCCCUUUUGAGACGUAAAGUCUUGCCCGAGGAUCAACAACCAUGCACCAGUAUCUUUUGCGAGGUUCUGGAUUGUCGCGAGAACGGAGGCAUCGAAGAAGUGCAUGCAAUCCCAAAUGGCGUCGAGUACAACCGUCACGAUGAAAGCACGUAUGCUGUUUUCGGUCUGGAGCAGCUCGAAGAUAUCGUAAUCGACAACGAAAAAUGGUCACAGUGCAAGGUAUACAUCAAGGAUGUUCGCUCGGUAGACCAAUCGCUGCUCAACAAUGGUGUUGUCGAUAUUGCCUUGAUUGAUGCUCCCGGAUUGAACAACGAUUCGCUCAAGACCACUGCAGUCUUUGCUCGACAGGAGGAGAUCGAUGUGGUUGUCUUCGUUGUUUCUGCUGCUAACCAUUUCACGCUCUCGGCCAAGGAAUUCAUUUUCAACGCCGCUCGUGAAAAAGCAUACAUGUUUAUGGUCGUCAACGGUUACGAUAACAUCCGCGACAAGAAGAGGUGUCAGGAAAUGAUUCUAAAACAAGUCAACCAUCUCAGUCCUGCUACUUUCAAGGAGUCCUCUGAGCUUGUACACUUCGUAUCGAGUAACGCAAUUCCCGUCGCCCCUGCUGGCGGUUCAGACGGCCCUGGUGGCUCUGGAAGCGGAUCCGGCUCAAGUAGUGGUGGCCCUAAUGGCGAUCCUAGUAAUGACGAUGAGCCUUCGGACAAGAAAGACAAGGGUAAGGGCAAGGAACAGGAGAAGAUUGAUGACUUCAACGAGCUCGAGGCUUCGCUGCGCCGCUUCGUCUUGGAAAAGAGAGCACGUUCCAAGCUCGCUCCUGCAAAGACCUACCUGCUCAACGUCCUCGGCGAUCUUGGUAGCCUUGCCGGCGUGAACAAGGAAGUUGCGCAGAACGAGCUCGAUCGUGUCACCAAGGAGCUCAAGGAGCUUGAGCCUGUGUACGAGAAAUCCAAGAAGGCACGUUCUGAGGCAGGGGAGGGUGUCGACUUUACUAUCGAUGAGACUGCAUCGGAUAUUUACAAGGCGUCUCGCGAUACUAUCAACAACACAAUCGCUCGUGUCGGAGAGCAAAACUUAGGCGUUGAAUAUCCUGGCCUGUUCAGCGUCUACCAAUACGCAGAUGAGCUGAAGACAGCUAUGCUUGAACAGAUUACACGUUCGGUCCACGACUGCGAGGAAGCCGCUAGAGACCAUACGGCAAAAGGAGUCGACGGUAUCAAGAACCUCGGAGUCCUCCACCUCGGUGAGGAUUACGAAGAUCUGACUUUCAAAUCCGAGUACAUGUUCCGCUCGCGCAGAGAUGCCUUGACACGACAAGUUGACGUUGACGUCGAGAUGUCGGACUUCUUUGAUCUGGCAAGCCUAUGGGAACGUCAAGAGAAGGUCGCAGGAGCAAGUAUGGCUGUCACUAUCGCUGGCGUUAUUGGUGGCCGUAUGUUCGGAGGUAUCGGUUGGGUUGAUGGUGCACUCGGCGCCGCAAAGGUCCUGGGGCCCAACAACUUGCGUAGACUGAUGAUUCCUGGCGUCGUCCUCGCAAUCGCUCUUGGUGCUUCCUAUGCUUUGAGCUCAAUUCCCCACUCGCUUCCACGACGACUUUCGCAAAAGCUAUCGGCUCAGCUUGCAGAGCUAGACUACACGCACGCCAACGCUACACGAAUUUCGUCCGAGGUCAGGAGAGCACUCAAGUUCCCUGCCGACAAGCUUCGUGAGGGCCUCCAGCGAAGUGUCGAGCAGCUGCUCGAUGAACGCAAGGAGAAGAUCAAGCUUCAGAGCGAGAGCGAGGUAGCAAAGAAGUACUUCAGCAACCUUGUUCGAGAGAGUGGUGACAUCCGAAGCAGAGUGAUGCGCGUCGACUUGGAAGGACCGGCACCUGUAAUGGCCGAUCCGAGAGCCAUUGUCGCACUGGUCAUCCUUCUAUUCAUUUUCUUCUCGCCGCCGCCCGGUCAAGAACCGCUGGUACGCGCUCGCUCGCGCCUCGAGCACAUCGUCGCCGCCGAACGCCAUGACUUGACUGUCCUUAACCAAACACAUUUGGGGGACUUUGAUCCGGCACAGGACAGGUGGCUCAACAUCAGCGGCUUUCGGNGAAACGACACAUUCGCGUGGCAAGCACUAUCUCUUGUCAAAGAACGAGCCAGACACCAGUCAGCACAUGCCUUGGGUCAUGACAACCUGGUGCGUCUUGAUGGCGGACAUGACGAAGACCCACCCUUACCGCUAUACCGAAAUGUGACUGGAAGUCUGUACGGCGAAUGGAUUCGCUCGCCUGCCCAGGCAUCGGUCGUGCCGCCAAAGUUGAACAUGUCCGAAUAUGCGGCCAUCGGUCCCUUUGGUCCUAUUCCAAUCCAAUCAUUUAGCAGAAACGUCACUGCAAAGUCAGGAUCACUUGAAGUCCGGUUUGAAGAGGCGGAUACACCAGAGACACUGCUUUGGCAUGGGGAUAAGAAAAGGGCUAGGGAGGUCAAGGCCCAGAUCUCGGUCGGAGACCAAGAGGUGGGUGAUUCCUGGGACAGCAAGCUGUUUGGUGUGCACUUUCUCGACACUGGCAACAUAAUUCUAGCUACCACCACGAACAAAUUCGCUGGAAUCUUCGGCCUGCCACAUAUGGCUCUCUCGGGCCACAAUUAUCAAUCCGCACAAGAGCUGCUAAAUCGAACGCUUGGAACAUCUAUCGGUCAACAAGAGGACGGUCUUCUCCAAAGCUUCAGCCCUUGGGCGCCAACUGGCGAAAUUACUUCUGAGUCUUUGCUAGCUCCCACCUGCGACUUGAUCGUCUACCUACAGCAACAUUUAGUCCCAGUGCCUGGAGUCAAGCCUGGACCUGAUCAGGAGUCUCUUUUGUCGUUCAUCGAAAACGAGAUUCGCUUCCCCACCGGUGCAUCCAUUCCACCUACUCAGCAGAUGGCUUUUUCCAUGGUGGCAUUCUCGCCAGACUGUGGAUUUGUGAUUGAGUCAAAGGGCCCGCCCGAUUUUGUUCCACAGGAAGCCAACCACUUGCGUGGGCUCAAGAUUGAGGUUGAGUAUGAGCGUGCAAGAAGCCACCUACUGCUCUUCGCUGCCGUUAUCGGUGGUCAAUUGUUCUUUNUCUUGCGCCAAAUGAGGGAUGCAAGCACUCCAUCUACGAGAAGCAGGAUCAGCUUUUAUACAAUCAGCAUGUUGUCGCUGGGAGAUGGCUUCACUACGAUGGUCUUUUGCUUGAUCAGUCUGUUCAUCCAGGCUCUGUGGGUGCCGCUGAUAGCUACUGCUUUCUUGGCCUUCAUGAACGUGAGCUUCUUUGGUAUGAGGUUCUUGAUGGAUAUAUGGGCUGUACAGGCGCCGGAAAGGGAACAUAGAGAAAGGCAAGGCCGACAGCAGCAACAGCAACCUGCUGCUACACCUGCAGCCCCAACUAUAGCUCCGGCGAGUACCACGGAAAGUGCUCAGCCGUCCGUACCGCCUCUGCUGCCUGUCGUCACUCCUGCAGGAGCAGAAGUGCUUCCUCAGCCCGUGACAGCAGCGCGACCUGUCGACACAGGAGCCACACCAGUCUUUAUCCCUUCCGACCAAGACAUGCAGGCUGAGGAAGACGCUCCUAACGCUAGAGCUACAGGAGUAGAGGCUGGCCAACGUGCCCCAGGAUUCGGCUCUCUUUACACCCGCUUCUACUUCCUCCUUCUGGCAACACUGUUCCUCUCGUUGAACGCGACUUCCUGGCCUCCAGCUCUCCGGCGAGGCUACUUCACAAUUUUGGCGUUCUGCUAUCUGUCCUUUUGGGUCCCGCAGAUCCAUCGCAACUGUAUGCGCAAUUGUCGACAUGCACUGCGAUGGGACUUUGUAGCUGCUCAGUCGUUGCUGCGACUCUUGCCAUUUGCUUACUUUUAUGGUUAUGAGCAGAAUAUCCUCUUUGCCUCUGUCGACUUGAUAGAUCUCGGUGUGCUUGCUGGCUGGGUCUGGAUACAGGUGUUGUUGCUGUUGAGUCAGGAGAUUAUAGGUCCUCGCUGGUUUGUGAGUGGUACCUGGAUGCCACCUGCCUAUGACUAUCACCCCAUCCUCUGCGACGACGAGGAAGCGAACAAUCUGCCUAUUGGAGCAACCACUUCUAUGCCUUCACCCGAACAGGAAAAGGAGGCAAAGGACAAAGGCAGGCGUGUUUUCGAUUGUGCCAUUUGCAUGCAUGAGAUCGAGGUGCCUGUGUUGAACGAAAUUUCUGCUGCUGAAGGUCUUUCGACCGGGUCACUGGUCCUGGAGCGCAGGAAGUACAUGGUCACGCCUUGUAGACACAUCUUCCACUCCAGUUGUUUGGAGGGCUGGAUGAAGUUCAGACUCGUGUGUCCAAUCGACCGCGAGGAGCUGCCGCCAUUGUAA